ACCUGUGAACCGUUUUCCUCAUUUUCUUUUUCCAUUCCAGAGCCACUCAGUACUCAUGCAUGUUGCUUAGCUAUUUGUUAGAGCAUAAGGCUGAUAAGGAGAAGCUGGUAAUGAAACUCAAGCAGUUGGAGUCUAGCAUGAGCUCUGGCCGUAAAAUGUUCAGACUGGGUAAUAUGGUGCACGCCAUGGUGGCAGCCCGGAGAACCGCGCAGUUGCCAGAUGUGGUUCCUCGCUUCUGCCUUACCGCUUCCAACGUGACCCGGGCCCUGUACUUCGUCUGCGACGGAGUCCUGUGGCUCAGGAGUGUUGGUCUCCAGCCCGACGCCGAUAAGCAGAAGUGGCACAAUUGGGCUACCAAGUUUUACUACUUUUCACUGCUGAUGAAUCUCGCCAGAGACUGGUACGAAAUCUACUGGAGGUUGGAGGAAGCGAUCCUGAAAAAAAGGAUGAAAGAAAAUUCUUCCUGGGACAAAGAAGAUCAGGAACUCAACUGCUGGAAAGCUGACAGCUUACCAUCUUUUCUCCUCCUGCUGUUUCAGAUAUUGAAAAGACAUCCUCCUUUGCUGCUAGACAUGGUGAAGAACCUGUGUGAUCUCUCUGGUCCUUUGGAUACACUAGGAAUCUACAAAACCAAUUCAGGAGUGAUUGGUUUUUGUGGCCUCGUCUCCUCUCUGGUGGGGAUCCUCACGCUAGCAAGCCCACACCUGAAACUGAAACAGUGACAUAAAAGGAGCCACGUAGUGUGCAAUGAGCCAAUAACUU